UUGAGUGUGGGUUUUUUGGGAAGCCCAACAUGGCCGCUGUCUCGAGCUGUCUCAGGCCCCAGCUGGGGGCAUUUGCAGGGCUGGCCCCUCUGCCAGGCGGCCGGGGGGUGCUCCGGGGCCGGGGGCAGGCGGGCAGGGCACGCCCGGCGGCGGGGACACCCGUGCACCUUGCACUGCAAUGCAGUGCACUGCACGGGGCUUGCACAGCCGCGGGCUGCGGGCACGGGCUGCGCGCGGGGCGUCGCGGCACCCCGCCGCCGGGCUGCCCCGCCGCGCACCCCGCUGCAGGCGCCGCCCGGCCCGGGGCGAGCGGGCAAGGAGGGCCGGGCUCUCGCGGGAGGCUUGCAACCGGGGUUAGCCCUGAGGAUCUGCAACCAGGGGGUUGUUCCUGAAGGUUUGCAGCUAGGGAGUUAUUCCUGGAGGUUUGCAACUAGGGGGUUAUCCCUGAAGAUGUGCAGCCAGGGGGAUCCCUGGAGGUUUGCAAUUAGAGGGUUAUCCCUGAAGAUCUGCAACCAGGGGGGUUGUUUCUGGAGGUUUGCAACCAAGGGGGUAUCCCUGAAGAUGUGCAACCAAGGGGUUGUUCCUGGAGGUCUGCAGCUAGGGGGUUGUUCCUGAAGACGUGCAACCAAGGGGUUGUUCCUGGAGGUUUGCAAUUAGGGGGUUAUCCCUGAAGAUGUGCAGCCAGGGGGUUCUCCCUGGAGGUUUGCAAUUAGGGGGUUAUUCCUGAAGAUCUGCAACCCGGAGGGUUGUUCCUGGAGGUUUGCAACCAAGGGGUUAUCCCUGAAGAUCUGCAACCAGAGGGUUAUCCCUGGACGUUUGCAACUAGGGGGUUAUUCCUGAAGAUGUGCAACCAGGGGGAUUGUUCCUGGAGGUUUGCAACUAGGGGGUUAUUCAUGGAGGUUUGCAACCAAGGGGUUAUCCAUGAAGAUGUGCAACCAGAUUAUCUCUGGACGUUUGCAAUUAGGGGGUUAUUCCUGAAGAUUUGCAACCAGGGGGGUUGUUCCUGGAGGUUUGCAACUAGGGGGUUAUGCCCGAAGAUUUGCAACCAGGGGGGUUGUUCCUGGAGGUUUGCAACCAAGGGGUUAUCCCUGAAGAUGUGCAACUCAGGGGUUGUUCCUGAAGAUGUGCAACCCUGGGGUUCUCCCUGGAGGUUUGCAACCAAGGGGUUAUGCCCGAAGAUUUGCAACCAGGAGAAGAUCUGCAAGCAGAGGGGUUUACUCCUGGAGGUCUGCAGCCCCCUCUGCCAUUGCCCAGCCGGGCUCAGGGGCACCCCCAGCCUGCCCUGCUCGGCGAGGUGCCUCCCCCGUGCCCGCCGCUGCCCGGAAGACUGCACUGCCCUGGAUCAGUGCUCUUAUUACGAUGUCUGUCCUGGGUGGGGGGGUCCCUCCUCCUCCUCCCCGGGGCGAGCUGGUCUGGCAGCAAGCUCGCCUUUGCUUGCACGUCACAAGUUUGACAGCUUUGCACCAAAUCAGAUCGCGGGGCUGGCAGAGAGGUCCGAGGCGUCACCGGGAGCUCCUUUAGAUUAGGACAAGCCUCCCCGGGCUGCCCCCCCUUCAGAGCCGGGGAGAGCUCGCCGGGGCUUUAAGGCACCGGUGCUGCUCGGACCUGCCGUGCAAGCUCGCCCCUGCGAUGGUGAGUGCCCCGCGGAGCGAGGGGGUGCCCGGGGCGGCAGCACCAGGCUGCAGGAGCCGGUGCCCGGGCAAUGGGUGGAUGCACAGCCGCUGCAGGAGGCGGCCAGGACGGUGCUGCUCCUCGCCAUCACCCGCAAGGGCUGCCCGCCCCGGGGAGGGAGGUGGGGAGAGCCCCCGCCCGGCUGCGAGAUGCGGCUGGGCACACCUGCAUGCCCCUGGCCCGGCAUCCAUCCAUCCCUGCAUCCCACCUGCGAGCGGGGCCGGGGAGGGGACCGGCGCCGGGGAUGCUCGGUGCGUGAUGCCCCCGCUCUCCCCUGCCCAGAGCACCGCGCUGCCCCGCCCGGAGCCGCCCCUCGCAGGGGGCCAGGCGGGCUCCUGCUCCUGCUCCUGCUGCCGCUCCAGCUCCAGCUCCAGCGCCUGCCCGUCAGCCGCCAGUGUUGAUGUCUCCAAGGAGACCCGGGUUUCUUUCUGGGCUGCCGGUCUCCCGGACAACAGCGGCGAGGGACAGCCCGGCGACCCGUUCUGUGAUUUGGAUUUUGCUGGUCAGGAUGACGUGUGGCCAGGAGACCAGCUGUCCUCCCAGCUCUACAGAAACAAGCAGCUUCAAGAUACCUUGCUGCAGAAGGAAGAGGAACUUGCUAGGUUACAUGAAGAAAAUAACAACCUCCGACAAUACCUGAAUUCAGCUUUGAUUAAGUGCUUGGAAGAGAAGGCCAAGAAACUGCUCUCAGGCAGCAGCCAGAGGGACCAUGCCAUCUUCAGAGGCGGCAAGAGGAAGGUCAGGGAGAACGAUUGCUUUGCCCCUCCAGAGUCUCCUCCGCUAGCAAAAGCCAGGAGAAACCUCUUCAGCGAGUUCACCGCUUGCGAAGAGUCCCCCCACCCUGCGGUGGACAGCUGGGUGCUACAGACCCUUGGAUUAAAAGACAUCGACACCAUUGAUGAGUCGGUAUCAGCUAACUACAGUGCCCUGGCCAGCGAGCUGGGAAAGGACCCGUACUGCCCGCAGCCCGUGGAGGCCAUGGAUUACGACAGUGCAGAGGACCCAACAGCUCUGUACGGCUGCGAGCCUUUGACCCGCACCCCCAGCACGGCCAGCCCCUGCAAGGAGGUUACACCCUAUCUCCCCCCUCUCUCCUCAGCCCCUUGCGCAUCCUCCUCCGGGCAUGGUGACGUGCCUUUCCCCGCCUACGGAUUGCCCUAUUUCUCCCAGGAUGUGUCACGCAACAAAACCGAAGUGGCCUUUACCACGUCCGUGAGCCCCCACCGCAACGUGAAGACGCACACCUUCCAGCAAGGCCAGGCCUUCGUGCGCCGUGACGAUGACGGGGGCUGGAAGUUCACGUGGGUGCCCAAGCAGUCCGAGUGACUGCACCGGCCGCUGGGGAUGGGUUUACAGACACUGAGCCAUCGCGACCAGCCCCGCUGGCGCUGGAGAGGGGCUGGGAGAACAGAAGCACUGCCCCUCCUACGGGCUUUUCUCUCGCUGCACCCCUCAGCUCGUUUCACCCCCCCGGCACGCUCCUGAGUGUGGCCAGAGCGGCUCCAGAUUGCACUGGGAAGUGUCUAAACUCUCUGCCCGGGCUCUGACACAUAAACAGUUCCUCCUAAUCUGUUCUUUGCAUCUGCAAACCCAUCACUGCCAUGCAUCCCAACCCUCCUGCCACACUAGCCAACUCCUGCCAUCUCGGAGCUGCUGGGCAGGAUUGCACCCAGCCUCGCCUGCCUUGGACCCCUGGGAACCAUCCCCUCCUGGACCUGAUUGCAUAGAGGUGGGACAGGAAGGGAACGUGGUCUCUGCUGUUGCCCUUUUGUGCCAGAGCUGGUUGGGACCAGGGAUGGAGAAGAGGGGAUAGUCGUGCUGGUGCUGGGUGCCUGGAAGUCCCCGUGGCUGCAUAUCUUGCCAAGCACCAAGGGGUCCACUAGCACAUGCUCUAGCCCCUCGUUCUCAUCCCUGCAAUCACGUGCUUGUGAACACGGAGGGCACCUUAUGAACCAGGAGGAACUCAGCCAACCUUGCAGGUUUUCUGCUCCAAAUCAGCAACUCCUAGUGUUCCCUGCACUUUGUUUGUUGAAGCUGUUUUCACUGCGGGACCCACUGAGGCAAAACUGCUCCAUCGCUUUCUCGCUGUCUCUGGAUUUACAGGUGACGGGCCGGGUGCUCGGCUGUUGUCAAGCAAUGUAACUCUACCACUGCCGGCCGAGGGGAUGACCCGGUAUAUUGUUGGGAGAAAUUACAGCUUGCAGAGAGAUGAAUUCAGAGCCACCUUUGCUAAGACAACAGAUGAAUCCCCUUGUGCUUGCAAUAGUCUCUGUGAUCAUCAGCCCUCAGGCUGGGACUGACUUGCUCCCGGGCGCACUUGUUGGAGGUCUCAGUAUUUUGCAGUUGGAUACUGGACACCUUUGCUCACAAAAGCCACGUUUAGUUUUAUCGGCAGAGCCGGUGCCUCCCUCUGGGCUACCCCAGACACUCACAGGUUGCACGUGACUUUUUUUUCCUGCUCCAGAAAACACUGUCUGGAUCCGAAGCAGCAUCAGCCUGAGGUUUUGUUUCCCAGAGACCCCUACUUAUUGCAAAAGCUAGUCGGCUUUCGGCUUUUCUUUUGUUCUCUCCUCUCCGUGGGAGAUGUUUCCUCUGACGUUGGGGACAGUGUCCUCUAGUGGUUGAAGCCAUUACCUGGGACUGAGGAUUUUCUCUAGGCCCUUACCUAUCUCCCAGGGGUGUUCCAGGGGUAAAUGCAUUACUGCCUGCAAAACUGCUUUAAAAUCCUGGGACAGAGGGUGCUAGAGAAGCUGACGGCACUGUUUGCAAUAGUUAGAACAAGAUGAAGUCGGCUGAUAUGAAGUAAACUUACAGACAUCCAAUGUUUUGCUUAACCUUUGCUUGCUAAUUGACUUCAGCUCAUCUUUUGGUGUUCAAGUCUUAAUCGAAUUGAAAACCAAGGGACAGACCCGGUGAUUCCUACUCUCCCAAGGAGGUCUAUUUGCAUCUGUGACCACGAUUUGAGGAAAGAUUCUUUAUGAAAGGGUCCUUCCGGUUGCUUAUUUUCCUAUAAAGCCUAGGUCUAAUUUUAUUUUACAUAGUUAAGGAUUAAAAUCCAUUUUUUCUACUCCAAGCAUCCUCUUGUGCCUUAGACUCUCAGUAUUGGAGCUUCUGCGUCAGGAGCUAAACUAAUUCUUUGUACAAUAUUUAAAUAAACUGAUCUGUAUUUGUA